AAUUUUUGCUGGCAAAGAUGGAGGAAAAUAAAACUUCCGAGGCCGAUAUUGCAUCAAAUGAAAGAAAUAGCGAUACGAAACAAACAAGUGAAAUUUUUGAGCAUGUUUGUGAUCUGUUCUCUCCAUUACGAGACCAUUGGCCUUUUAUUCAGGACAUUUUAAUAUGGAGAAAUCUUGAAUUAUCUGUCAUGGUGUUCAACAUUCUCAAUGUUUUGUUUUGGUAGGCAUAUUUUCAUGUUGUCUAUUUUACAUCUUUGGAAACUGUUAGGGCUAAAAUUCUAGUUUAGUUGGAAAUAGGUUAUGUUGAUUUCUUCUUACAUCAUAUUAUUGUAUGUUUUAGGAUUUUUCUGACUCCUCGAUUAAAACUGUUUGUUAUUCUGGCCAUUUUACUGUCGUUGUUAUGGUUGACGCCGCCCAUUAGACAUACAAUAUUGUUAAGCAUCCAGUCUCUGUCAACAGGUGAUCCUCUCUGUUAUGAUAGCAGUGUAACUGUUAACAUAAAAGUUUUAGAAUGAUAUGUAUUGAUUUCUUUGCUUAAAGUGUUAAGUACUUUAUUGCAGGGCGUGCUGAGAAUGUUGACAGUGAUGAUUCAACUGAACUACUGUCUGAAGGAGAGCAAGUCAAGAGGUACUUAGACUGGCUACAUGCAACCAAAUUAAUAUUCUCUAGUUGGGGUGGAAAUAUGGUGUACCUCAGGAGCUGAUUCCCCCGGUCCCGAUAAACACUGUAUAUGCAGGUGUUAACACGUGAACAUGUUUUCAAAUAUUGACAAAAUAAUUUCAUAUGAAUUUUUUCUGUGUUGGUGUAAUGUACCCAGGUGAAUAUGAUGCUUGUGAUGUUACUCUGAGUGUAUAUCAUUCCACACUUGGCAGGCUUGAAAAACAUGCCUGGCCACGGUGGGAAUCGAAUCCACGACCUUUGGAAUACUAGCCCAAUGCUCUAUUGCUCUGCCAACUGAGCUACGUGGUCAGGUCGGUUCGAGUAUGUGAUAUUUCGGAACUCAGUCUAGUUCCUUCGAUAUCGAUGUAAUCUUGUGAUGUUACCCUGGGUGUAUAUCCACACCUAGCAGGCUUGAAAAGUGUGAUUCCCACCAUGGCCAGGAAUGUUUUUCAAUCCUGCCAGGUGUGGAUAUAAACUCAGAGUGAAUCACAAGCAUCAAUUCCAUAUGGUUGAUAAUGAUGGGUCCUACAUUACUACAUAUACAGUAUGUACAAUUGUUGAUAUUUAUUCCAGAAAACUGUGGUGGAUAGGGAUUCAACCACCUGAAAGGUACAAGUAAAACUUUGACAUUUCGAGUGAAGGUUCCUCAUCGGGAAGGGCCUUUGUCCCAAUGAAAGGCCUUUGCUCGAAAUGUUGAAGUUUUACUUGUAUUUUUCAGGUAGUUGAAUCCCUAUCAAUCCGCCGUUUUCUGGUGUUUUUGCCACAACCUAUGCUGGCACAGACCAUUUGAGUUAAUAUUUAUACCAUGGCAUGCCCUCCUUUAGACUCCUUUAGUUUCAGUGUAAAAUAUGCUAUGCAAAAACUCAGAUUAUAAUACUGCAUUGGGUUGACUGCAGACAUAAUUCAAAAGAUGCUUCAAUUUUAAUGUUUCAAUAAAGUUUAAUUAUAAUGACCUAUCAUAUACUACAACAAAAUUGACAAGAAAGUAGUUUCAGUUAGAGCUGUGCAAACUCCGGUUAUUUUAGCUCCAGGUCUGGCUCCGGCAGUCAAAAUUCCAGCUCUGGCAAGGAAAUUUUAAGGAAAUCUCAUAUUUAAAAGUAGGAUCAGGCGAAAGUAUUUCAGUGUAAUUUCAAAAUUUGUUUCAUUCCUUUUUGAGCUUAAUUCUCCUUGACUUAUCAAAUAUGUUAAACAAUGUUUUGACUUUUGUAGAAAGUAAAACCGCAUGGCAGCGGGGUAUUUUCGCCCAAAAUACUUGGGGUCAGCGGAUUUUUGUCUCAAAAGCGAUAGCAAUGCGCUUGCAGAAUUUUCAAAGCCGCGAAUCAGAUCGGAGCAAAAAGCUCAUUGCCAAAAGUUCAUUGAAAUAUGAAAUAAUUUGAAAGCCAUAUCAUAUUAAAGUCAUAACCACAAAUUUUCCGUUGCUUCCCUGCACACACAUUGCGUGGAACAGACCCACAAUUGAGUGAAUUUGCCCAACGUUUGGCAAUUCAUGUACAUGGUGUAUAAAGCCCUACCAUUCCAGGCCUUAAAUCUAGUGAUUGGCUGAUAAUCGGCAUCGGGUCGAUUUUUGCCUUAUCGGUAGACAAUUGGACUUGUUAUAAUAAUCUAUAUUUCCGAUUGUCUAAAACUGAUUGUUAAGAAACUGUGCACUGUAAAAAUUAUACAGUAUGCACUGCACGUUGAUACAUGUUCAUCAGUAUCUGGCAGAUUUGUGGCAUGAAUAAUCGGUAAUUUCAGAUUGUUGCACAAUCAGUCAAUCACUACUUAAUUAAUUAAUUAAAAUCACAACAUUAUGACAUGGAUAUCAAAUUAUUGUAAGCACUCAGGCAUAACAUAAUGUGAAAUAAUCAUUGCAACUAACAUUUAGUGUGUUAAUAUUUAAGUAUAUAUUUCUUUCAAGUCCUGAAAAGAAAAUCACCUCUUAUGAAGAUUUCUGUCAUGGUGUGGCUGUGAUUUGGAGUUUUGUCACAAAGUAUUGGAUAAAGCUGAAAAAUUUAAAACAAGAAAAUACCCAUAAAGUACUGUGCUCAUGGUGACGUUUAUUAAAAUUAUUGUUCCCCAAUCGUAUGUUCAUGAGACUAUUAAUUUAUUAUAAUUUUCCCAUAAUUAGUCAAUUAAAAGCCCAGGGCCCCAACCCAUUCAUAUGUCUGGAUAGUGACCCUAAUACUGUAUGUAAGUGGUAUUUUCUCACAUUUUUAGUGUUUGCCAGUUGGAAGUUUUGUCAAAAAAUAUUGAACUAGUGCCGUGAUUGAACUAUAUAUAACCACAGAUAUGUGGAAUUGCUGCCAUUCUCUUUCAGAACAACAUCGGUUGAAUUGGUUUUCAAAAAACAUCAUCGUUUUUUUUCUUGUUAUUAAUUAACCACCUCAGUCUAUAUCAAUAACUGGUAGCAAAGUGAUAUUACAACAGACUGUAAAACUAAGGCCAAAUUUGGAUGAAAUCUAAGCCAAAAGAAUCAGACAAGAUUUGCAGCAAGAUGAAAGUCAAAAUAUGUUCACAACCUAAAUUUUCACCCCCACUAUUUUGCAAAGUGUCUAGAGAUAUAGUUUGAUUACAGGUCUGGUAUGUUUUUCAUCUAGUUUUAUCUGAUGGUUUCAUUGCUUGUUGUCAUAAUUGCUGUGGUUUAUGCCCGAUUUCCGAUUGGAAACAUUCUGUAUUUGACUGGUAGGUACUGUAAAUGAUAACAUAUAUUUCUUAUCGGUUUUUGGAUGACCCAAUAUUAAACAAUUUUUUAAAGGAGUAAAUAUUCAUGCCCUGAAAUUAACCCAUUAAGUUGCAUUGUGCCCUAAUUAUGUGCCUUACAUGCACUUAUUAGUUUACUCAGACUGUCUAAUACCAAACUAUUUUACUCACCAAUGCAAGAGCUUCGUGUCUGAUUAAAAUUUUUCAUUCACAUAUGUCAGAAGAGCAUUACCAGUUCUAUCAAACAUACCAGGUUUUCUUUGUGUAUUCUGAUAUAUUGAUUACCUUUGAACCAGGGAAUGCCCUUACUGCCUGUACCUUAUGGGAACUAUUUAAUUGAGAACUAAUACAGCUAUACACAAAUUUUAAAGACAUGUAAAGUUAACAUGAAUAAUAUGUUUUUAUUAAAAGUAAUGUUCCUGUUCUUGUGGCCUGCCAUUGUAUUCUAUGGCAUCAAAGAUAAAGUGGUUAGAAAAGUACAAAAAUUGUUCAAACCAUUUUUCACACAGUGGCAAAGUAGCAGAACAAAACGGAAGAGAGAGAUUGUCCUCCAAGGUUCGUUGGAACUUUGAAAAUGAAAACUAAGUAGAAUCAAUUUUAUAUAAUGUCACAGUCGUCCGACAUUUAAACUCGAACGAUCUGUGGCAGCGCAAGUAGUGGCAAUAACACCAGAAAACUGCGGAUUGAAAGGGAUUCAAGUACCUGAAAAAUACAAGUACUGUAAAACAUAAUAAUACUUCACCAUAAUUAGCCUUUUCCCAAAAGAGAUCACAAUGCAUUCUGGGAUCGUUUGGAGGGACAAAAUAUAUGGUGACAGGCGUCAAAUAUGUGAAAGAGUAGAAGUAUCUACUAUCAAAUAUCAACAUUUUAGACGACCAAAAAUGAAAUAUCUCCUUUUUACAGUAAACUAUUAAAUUAAAUGUAUGCUGCCAUAUUUCUUGUCCCUCCUUGCGCGACUAGAGCCAGGACUUUGGGAAAUGGCUAAUCCGCAGCUUUCCAGUAGUCCGCGAGUCUGGUGCAUGUGGUUCACCUGAAGUUAAUUUUCUAAAUCACAUCAUGAUUUAUGUGUGAUAUAAUUUAUGUUAUCAGACUAUACACAUCAGUUAAAAAUAAGUUAUUUCCUCCUUGAUUUUGAAUGUAGAUCAUCAUAAAGUCUCUGAUAUCAGCGACGAUGAAGAGUUCACUUUGAAUGCAACUGAAACCGAGGCAAUCUUUAGUCCUGCUAUCUCACCAGAACAAAGAGCUAAACGGGAACAGCCUACUGGUACUGUAAUUCUAAAUACUGUAUUUAAUGUUUUGGGCAGUAUAUAUUUGGAAGUAUUAGGAUUAUUCACAAUAAAGUGGGAUGUUGUGGAUUGAAAUCUCUCCAUAUUAAAAUAAGCGAGAGGCGCUCAGUCUGUCGUAUCUGGAAAAAAAUACAAUUGAUUUUACAUUUCCACGUCUUUUCAGUUGAGGGCAUAAAGCCGUAGACGUUUACAACUGGGUUGUAAAAACUGUUAAAAUCCUCCGUUUAUCUUGUAUAUUAUUAUUCACGCAGCGAAUAUAAAUUUAAUUCAGCCAAUCAGCGUGAGCAAAAUUAGGACAAAGGCAACCCUAGGCUGGCAUUGUAAGUACACCUCAGUUCAUAUACUGUGACUGUCGAUUCCAGGUCACGUUUCAAAGCGCAAUUCCUAAGUUUGUUGUGAAUAUUCCCAAUCAUGUAACUUCUAAAUUUGGAAUAUUGGACUUGGAACUGGCAAAGCCAACUGCGCAAGUUGCUUACUAAAGCAAUAUAUUUGACAAUUAUUUAUUAAACCUUUUAAGAAAUACGUUUAAUUCCUUGGCUAGUGAAACACUUUAAAUGACGAGCUUAUGUUCAGUACUUCGGUAUUUAGUUCAGUAUUUCGGUAUUUUAAUAAGCAACUUGCCAAAUUGGCUUUGCAAGCUCCACGCCCAAUAUCCCGAAUUUAGGAACCUAAUUGGGAAUAUUCACAGAGCCGCGCUUUGAAAAGUGACCUGAAAUCGACAAUAAUACUGUAAGAUUGAGUCACUUGCUGUGAGUUCUAGUGCGAUUUUCGUCUUCUAAUGUGAACGAGUAAAUGUUCUGAGUAUACGUCACCACUCGUUCCCAUCCAUCAGAAGAAGAAAAUCCACUCGUUCCCAUCCAUCAGAAGAAGAAAAUCCACUCGUUCCCAUCCAUCAGAAGAAGAAAAUCCACUCGUUCCCAUCCAUCAGAAGAAGAAAAUCCACUCGUUCCCAUCCAUCAGAAGAAGAAAAUCCACUCGUUCCCAUCCAUCAGAAGAAGAAAAUCUCAGCAAAAAUUGCAAGUAUAAACGUGCCUUAAGAUGGUGGAAGAUGAUCCACCUCGUUCUCAAGGUCGUCCGUCUUGUGUGUCCUGGGAACGAAAAAUGAUUUGUCCUAGUGGUAACUGCAAGCUCCUUAUAAUCUCAUGGUGGAUUUCUAUCUCUCUACGUGAUCUUUCCAAAAUCCCCUGGUUAAUACACCCUUCCAGGGUGCGUUAUAGAGCCUCGUUUCCGUGAAUGUUACAUUAGUUAAAUCAAUGACGGAAACGAGACUCUAUAGCCAAAGUGACGUAGUUUCUGUAAGGGAGGGUCUAUUGGCCAGCGCCAUUAUUUUUACAAUAGACCUUAUGCAUAAUGACGUCACAAGGCUUGAUGCUCGUGAGGAAUGCUGGUCUUAGUAGUCAUCGCUCGGGAAAAUUAAACAAUUCAAGGCGAUGACUACUAAGACCAGCAUUCCUCGCGGGCAUCAAGCCUUGUGACGUCAUUAUGCAUGAGGUCUAUUAUGGUAAAUAGAGCUAAUCAGUAUUCGCUUGUUUGAUUCCAGGUCCUCUAGACAGCGUGAACAGCUCACUCACUUUCAUUGAUGGUCUUGAAUUUCCUUCUAUGAGAAGAGAUAGUGCGGAAUCUUUCAAUUCUGAUGAUUUUGUUCAAGGUUUAAACUUCAGUGGUAUCACACCGGGUUCACAUCACAGUUCAAUGGACUCACUAGUUGGGGAAAAUGAUCCGACGAUACACUCGCAAAAUGAUGGAACUUUCCACUCGCAAAAUGAUGUAACAAUACACUCGCAACAUGAUGUAACAAUACACUCGCAACAUGAUGGAACAAUACACUCGCAACAUGAUAAUUUACAGACAAGUGAAGAGUACAUUCCUCCGCAAUCACGACCUGAAUACGAAACAGAGAUGAGAAGAAGAACCAAUGAGCAACCUGCUUCCGUAGUUUUACCUUCAAGGAAGAAAAGCACAGAAAGUGUUGAAAGUUUCGAAGUUAUUGACACGUCUGAAUUCCAGGUUGAUAUGAACAAGGACAACGAACAGCAAGCACAAGACGGCUCCUAUAUUGCAUCUGGAACAGCAUACAUGGGGAAAUUAUUUGGUUAUUCUUAAAUAUUGUGUAUAUUAUUGCGAGAUUUUCGAUAUGUUCCAGUUUUCUGUAGUAAAACAUGUCUUGAUUAAUUCAGGAUUACCUCAACAUUACGAAGUAGGGGAAUUUUUCCUUAAAUGUUAUUGACAAAUCAUUUACUUUAGCCUGCACACAGGCUUUACCGGCUUUUCCUCUGAUUUACAUAUUUUAGAAUAUCGAAAAUUUUGCUUCAUUUUAUUUUUAUUGUAUUUCUAGGAUAACCACGUAUUAUUUUAUUGUAUUGGUUUUAUAUAUUCACAGUGUGAGCCUGGGUUAAAAACUUAAAAUGUAAAUGUUAAAGUGUAAUUACAUAACAAACUUGUGUAAGUAAUAUUUUAUAUACAGUAUGCAUAAAGACUAAAGUGUCUUUAAAAGCCAUGUACCUAUAGAUAUGUAGAAUUAUGUUAUGUAUAUUUAAACGCGUAAUCCUUGUAUAGCAUAUAAAGUGAUAUUGUAUCAUUUGGUAAUAUAUCUUUCUUGAAC